AUGGGAACUCAUCUGGCGAGUUCAUUUGCUCUCACGGGUUGCGUGGCAAAAGAAGCGCGCAGGUUGUAUGUACUCUUGUGCGACAACCUUGACAGCCCUUUAAACCUUAUCGGAAACCCCUUGUACAGAAAUACGCUUCUCAAACCAAGGUAUAAAGAGAAUUUAGUGGCACUGGUUGAUGAAGCACACUGUAUCAAGACAUGGGGAGAUGACUUUUGUGUUGCCUUUGCACACGUUGGUGAUAUCAGAAGUGUAAUUUCUGAGGAAGUGCAUGUAAUGGUUCUCACAGCAACUGCUACACGUUCUACAUAUGACUGCAUACUGCACUGCUUGUCAAUGAAAGAUGUUGCAGUUAUUGCAUUUCCACCCAAUAGGAGUAACAUCCAGUACUCAGUGCAGACCAUGACGACAAUUGAGGACUUCAGUGCUACAAUGUCAAGCCAACUUAUGAAGGAAGGCACCGAUAUGGCUGAAGAGGAAGUUAGGCAAGUACCUGGCACAACCAGUUUGGGCUCCAAACCUGCAGGAGUUUUGUCUAGUGGACCUGUACGCGAGUGCGUCAACAAUAGAAAUGAGGGAGAAAUUACUAACAGCAUUUGCCAGGGCGGAAAGUACACUGAGGCUAUUGAUAGCAACAACAGCAUUUGGAAUUAA